AUGAUGGUCCCAAGAGCCUUUCUCUUUAGCUCGGUCCCACCCCAGCGGGCGAUGCAGCCAUAUGGAACAAAAGGACACGAGAUGCGGCCAGACCGUUCUGGAGUGCGUAUCCCCGGCGUGGGUACCGACACCUGUGGCACGAACACGACUCCGGUUGUCAUCCCCCCCAAACGUGGAUCACGCACCUCAGUGCGCCGAGACAGUCGUUCCCGAAACCCUUCCAAGACGUCAGGAUCCUCUCGCCGGUCAUCGUCUACCUCCUCGAGCGACCGCCCGAUGCCGAUGUCAGUUGCGUCAAUGCUGGAUGCUACAGCCAUCCCUGUGCCCCGACGGAAUUGGAACACACGACGACCGCGCAAGUUUCCUCGUCGAAGCCAUGCGGAGGACUUCAGCCGGAUGAUGCAGGAAGGAAUUUGGUCCAAGGAAGACCACCUCAUGGACGGCGCGGGCAACUCGCCUCUUGAUAUCCUCCUCAGUCCUCCAGACACCGAGACUCAGACCACGGGCAAUGAUUCGGAGCAAGAGCCUCCCUGCUCCAUGCGCUCAGUAUCCAGUGAUUCGAUGCCAUCGCUGGAGCAAGAUCUUGAGUCGUCAUCCAGUCUUCCCCAACCGUCCACUCCCGCCAGUCAAAAAAGCCCGUUAGAGAAACGACUACGGUACUCGCAUCCGGAGGACUGUGCGUUCGACCACCCACUGCUGGACACGGACAUUGAGGACGGCGAAUUCACCGACGUCAAGCACCAGGACCCUGUGGCGGUUGAAUCGAUGCCUGCAAAGCGGUCCGCCUCAUUCCGAUCGUUCCCGCGCCUUGGGUCUACUUUCAAGUCCAACCUCACAGCAUCCCUACGAGCCAUCAAAUCGGCCGCACAGUCGGUGUCAAAUUUUGCCACGCCGUCUGUGCAGCCCGAGGACUUUCUCACGCGGUCGCUUUUUGCCAUUACCCCAGAGUUGACCGACGACCGUCGGCCUCCGCCGAUGCAGGACCCGCCCUCCCCGGCGCUGCGACGCUAUUUGAACCCGACCCCGAUCUCUCCGGCCGAAAUGUACGUUUACCAUGACCACCCCCACGACACACCCGAAUCCUCCCGUGUCUGCGCGGUCUCGAUCCAGAUGCAGACGUACCGCCGAACCAACGGCCGGGGACACCGACGGAAUAAUUUCCACGUCGUUGCCUCCGAGGGUCGAGAUCACCAAUUUUACACCUUCGACCCGGAGAUGCCGCCCAUGUCGCGUCAGCGUGAACCUCGCGAGAACAGUAACUUCCUCCGCAUGGUGGUCCUGGAGAUGAACAUGCGCCGUAGCGGCAAGCUUCGCGAGGAUAUUCCCACCCGUGCUCGCAUCUGGCUCCCACCGCGCCGCAGCAACCCACAUCGUCUGUCAGGCGACUAUGAGGACGACGAGGACAACGACACUGUUCCCUCCCGCUGGGUCGGUGUCUCGGCGUAG